CUAGACCUCUGCUUCACCACCAGUACUGUACCCCAGCUUCUGAACAAUCUUUCUGGAGUUGAUCGAACUAUCAGCUAUGCUGGGUGUGUGGCUCAGCUCUUCAUAUCUCUCUCCCUGGGUGGGACUGAGUGCAUGCUCUUGGUGGUGAUGGCGUUUGACCGCUACGCUGCUGUGUGUCGUCCACUCCACUACACGACCAUCAUGCACCCCCUUCUCUGCAGAGCAUUGGCCAUCUUCUCCUGGGUGGGAGGCCUUGUGAACUCUUUCGUUCAGACAGGCCUCAUCAUGACCAUACCUCUCUGUGGCAUCCAUCAGCUGAACCACUUCUUCUGUGACAUGCUUGUUCUCCUGAAAUUGGCCUGUGAAGACACAGGAGGGACAGAGGCCAAUGUGUUGGUGGCUGGAGCCAUAAUCUUGGUGUGUCCUGUAGCACUGAUUCUAGGCACUUAUGCACACAUUGCUCAUGCUGUGCUGAAGAUCAAGUCAAUGGCUGGGCGCAGAAAGGCUUUG